AUGGUCUCCGCUCACGUAUUCAAGCUUUGCCAAGAGACGCCGACUGUGAGCUCCGAGUUCGCCAAAAACCCACCAGAGGCGCCUACAGAAAUCGCCAAACGACUCUAUGGCACCACAAAGCCUGCUACGAAGCAUGACUUCCCCGGAGUCGACCGGCCCUCUGCUUCAGUUGCAGAUCUCGAGCGGGCGCUGCAAUGUGGGAAAUGGGGUCCCUCGCCGCCAAGUGAGUUCUUCUUGAGAGUUUGGAAUGAUGUGCUAUCUUCUCUCGACGCGGACGCCUUGGGUGGCAUGGUCUCGCCGCCAUUGAUGGGCAGCUACGGCACCAUGCCAUUGACCGUCAUUGCCCCACUUGCUGAUAUCGUCCGCCACAUGUCCAAUCUUAUAGUAAGGGCGGAGAGGGAAGUCUUCUUGAUCACUUGCUCUUGGUCGCCAUCUGUUGCCGUUCACCUGGUAAGCGAUGCCUUGAAGGAACUUUCUAGGAGAGCUGGUCAGCGCGGUGAGCGCGUGGUCGUCAAGGUCAUGUAUGAUAAGGCCGGCGCUGCCCAGUUCAUCAACAAUCGCCAGCCAGUCAAACCAGAAGUGUACUCAGGUGAAAAAAUCCAACUGCCGAAGCCGGAAGAGAUUCCGCAUAUCGACUUUGAAGUCAUCAACUUCCACAAGCCUUUGCUCGGAACUCUCCAUGCGAAGUUCAUGGUCGUGGAUAGGAAGGUUGCCAUUAUCGAAAGCAACAACAUGGAAGACAACGACAACGUGGAAAUGAUGACACAUUUUGAAGGCCCUAUCGUUGAUUCCAUCUACGACACUGCCCUCGUUACAUGGGGCAAUGCUUUCAAGACCCCACCACCAAGCGCUAAUGCUCCUGCUACCGCAGGCGGCCUUCCCACCAACCAAGCCAGCGAAGGCUUAUUCACAGACCGAGAGCCUGCGCGAGAACAACACCAAAUUGUUCUGGACGGUCAGGCGGCACAGCUCCCAGAGCAUAUGCCCGGCGACCCGCAUUAUGAUUCGGACAUGGCGGGUGAAAUCACUCGGAUGCAAUCAUGCUACUCGGCCAAGCCCAAUGAGUCACGCCUUCAAGCCACGAACAGGCAGCUCAACCUAGCAUGCACUAAGCCCAUUGGCCCAACGGCGCCAGAGAUACCCGACGGUGAUGAGUUCACACCAUAUAUUCCUAUUUCCACUCCCACGCCUUUCCCAAUCGCACUUGUCUCUCGACCUCCCUAUGGAGAACCCAACAACGGAAAUGUAUUUGUGCCUCAGAAUGAAGCUUGGCUGUCCUGCAUUCGCAAUGCAAGGUCCUCCGUCUUUAUCCAGACACCAGAUCUAAACGCCACCCAGCUCCAUUCCGCUCUCACCGCCGCUCUGAAGAGAGGCAUCGAGAUCACCUACUAUGUCUGCCUCGGCUACAAUGACGCUGGUGAGAUCAUGCCCGGCCAGGGCGGUACCAACGAAAUGUUUGCCGGCAAACUCGUAGACUCUCUCAGCGAGCCUGAGCGCAAGCUCCUUCACGUCUGUUACUACGUUGGCAAAGAUCAAGACCAUCCAAUCCACCACAAUUUCAAGGCUCGCAGCUGCCAUGUGAAGUUGCUCAUAGCUGACGGCCACAUCGGUAUCCAAGGAUCGGGGAACCAGGAUACACAGAGCUGGUACCACAGCCAGGAGAUCAAUGUCAUGAUCGAUAGUGAGGAGAUGUGUCGGAAGUGGCGAGAAGGAAUUGAACGUAACCAAAACACGGCGACCUAUGGGAAGGCUGGUGUAGAUGACGGAGUGUGGAGAGAUCAGAAUGGCAAGGAGGCGGAAGGUAGCAUGGGGAAGCCGAGUACAGCUAUGGGGUGGGUAAAGGGCACGAUGGGGAUGGUAAAAAAGGCACAAGAGAAGGGCGGGUUCUGA